AUGAAGUCCAGUUCGAUAUACAAGCUAAACCCUUUCCUCGACGAGCACCAAGUUCUACGGAUGCACGGUAGGAUCAGCGCGUGCGAGUACGCCUCCAUGGAUGCACGUAAUCCAAUAAUCUUAUCGCAGAGCAAUUACGUAGCUUGGUUAGUGGUGAAGGACUGUCACGAACGGUUCCGUCACAGGAAUCACACCACCGUCUUGAACGAGCUGCGGCAUGUCUACCGGAUUCCGAGGCUGAAACAGCUGUUCAACAAAGUCAAAGCAGGGUGCCAGAUGUGUAAGAAUGAGAAAACAGUUCCACAACCUUCUCCAAUGGGUGAUCUAGCGGAAGCAAGACUGGCGGCGUUCACUAGACCUUUCUCCUUUGUUAGGGUUGACUAUUUCGGUCCGAUUAAUGUGGUGGUAGGGCGUCGAGUUGAGAGACGUUGGGGUGUGCUAACGACGUGUUUAACAGUGCGCGCGAUACACUUAGAAGUCGCGCACUCACUCAGUGCAGACUCUUGCAUAAUAGCAUUGAGAUACAUGAUGGCAAGGCGAGGCGUACCAAUUAAAAUCUAUAGUGAUCGCGGAACGAAUUUCACGGCAGCGAGCAAAGAGCUGAAGGCGGCCCUCCAAGAGAUGGACCAAGAAGCAGUCGUUCGAGAGAUCGUGAGUCCAGAUACCGAAUGGGUUUUCCUUCCCCCAGCCUCACCGCAUAUGGGAGGAGCCUGGGAAAGGCUUGUGCAGACGGUGAAGAGGAACUUGGCAGCAAUACGUCCAGUACGGAAUCCGACCGACGAAUCACUGCGCAACAUGCUGAUCGAAGUGGAGAAUACGAUCAACUCGCGGCCGUUAACGCAUGUCCCGGUGGAAGACCCAGAUGCUCCAGUUCUGACGCCAAACCACUUCCUCCUGGGUUCCUCGAGUGGUCUAAAACCGGCGUCAACUCUAGACAACCGUGCAAUGGCUUUGCGACGAUCCUGGUGCGCUUCGCAGGUAGAGGCUAACAUCUUUUGGCAACGAAGGGUGCGAGACUACAUGCCGGAUCUAACAAAGCGAACUAAGUGGUUCAGCGAGGUAAAGCCGAUAGAGGUGAACGAUAUUGCUGUAGUGGUAGACCCAGCUUUUCCCCGCAGUUGUUGGCCGAAGGGGCGUAUAAUCGCGGUCAACCAGAGUAAGGACGGCCAGGUAAGGUCUGCAGUGGUGCAAACAAUGUCAGGAGUCUACGAGCGUCCCGCGACGAAGCUCGCCAUACUAGAUGUUCGACGCGACAGACAGGUAAGCCAGGAACCUGGCGUACCCGGGGGGAAGUGUUACGACCCCUCGGUCGGCGCAUCUCACUACGGCGACUCUUGGCCGGGCGAAACGAAGAAUAAACUCGCUCAACGAGACAACUGUCACUAG